AUGGUGGCUUCAUGGCGUGUAAGGAAAUUGAGGAGGAGGAAGAUGAAGAGCGGAACAGGGGAUAAAACAGGGGGUGGUUCGAGGGAGAGAAUGAGAGGACAGAGAAGCUUGCGGGUUGCAGCAGAUUCAAUUGAAUCACUCAACACAAUAACUCAGCAAUCAUCAUUCAGAUUUUCAUACUGUGGAUCAAAUGAACUUUUUAUGGUGUGUUUGACGACACGAGUUUCCUUCUGGAACCUCUUUGUAACCGCCACAACGGCGGAACUUCAUUCUCUCCUGAACAAGUCAUCAUCGCAUUUUCGGUUUCACACCGAGGCAGGUCAGGAAAUGGAGAACAGAGCACGCCUUCGAGUUCACAAGACCAAAGGUUUCAAGAGCGGGAAGAAAAAGCAUUUGGUGAAAAGGGUCGUUGAUUACCUCAAAUCCGAUACUUUCCUGUAUGCUCCUCUGCUCUCUAGUGUGCCCCCUGAUUUUCGCUCGCUUGAUACUCUCCAUUCCUCUGAUAGAGUAGUCGAAUUUAAAAAACCCGUCAUAGAAAACAAGCCGUUUCUGGAGGAGCUUGGGAUUAUGUGA